UAAUAUAAAUUCCUAACAACUUUGCAUGCAUUGAAUUGAUAGCUUCUUUCCACUAUAUAACUCCUUACACACUUCUACUUUGAACCAUCCCAAAAAUUUCGAUCUUUUAUUUGUUUUUACCUUAUAAUCAACUUUUAAAUUGUUAUAACUUAUGGCAUAUGAGGGUUUAGUUAUAAGUAGAGUGGCUUUUGUAGUUGCUUUAUUGAUGCUUGGUUUUGGUUUGGAGGGUUCAGAUGCGAAUUUUAAUAAGGAUUUUGAUAUUACAUGGGGAGAUGGUCGUGCAAAGAUACUUAACAAUGGUCAGUUGUUAACCCUUUCUCUAGAUAAGACUUCAGGUUCGGGAUUUAGGUCUCAAAAUCGAUACAUGUAUGGAAAAAUAGACAUGCAGAUCAAACUUGUUCCAGGCAAUUCUGCUGGCACAGUUACUACAUACUAUCUAUCUUCAUUAGGAGCAAAUCAUGACGAGAUUGACUUUGAAUUUUUGGGUAACCUAAGUGGUGAUCCGUAUAUCCUUCACACGAAUGUAUUCGCGCAAGGAAAAGGGAAUCGAGAGCAGCAAUUUUAUCUUUGGUUUGAUCCCACCAAAGACUAUCACACCUACUCCAUUCUCUGGAAUCCUCUAAACAUCAUCUUUUACGUGGAUGGAACUCCAAUUAGGGAAUUCAAGAACCUGGAAUCCAAAGGGAUGUCUUAUCCAAAAAGCCAACCGAUGUGGGUGUACUCAAGCCUUUGGGACGCAGAAGAUUGGGCCACAAGAGGCGGGCUUGUUAAAACAGACUGGACACAAGCCCCAUUUAUCGCCUCCUAUAGAAACUACAAUGCCCAAGCCUGCACUUGGUCACCUUCAUCAAGUUCUUCUUCUUGUUCCUCCAGUUCUUGGUUAAAUCAAGCUCUUGAUACAUCUGAACAACGAAGAAUUGAAUGGGUACAAAAGAACUAUAUGAUUUACAAUUAUUGCUCUGAUUCGAAGAGAUUCCCCCAAGGAUUUCCUCCGGAGUGCUCCUUGAAUUGAAGUGUAUUGGGAUUAUAUUUUGUGUAUGUAUUUGGGCUUGUAUUUCCUUUUGUAUAGCAUGGGCUUAGUCCUCCUUUAUCUCUUCAUAGGAAUGUAUAUUUAAGUUGUAUUUUCCAGCAUAUCAUUAAGGAAAAUCAUUAACCCUAA